AAUUGUAAAAAUAAAGGAAAAAAAAAAAAAGAGAAGCACCAAGCCACCGCAAAGGACAAGAAAACAAGAGAGACAGAGCACCUUGAGGAGUUCGUGUAUCCUUCUUAUUCAGAAACCCUAGUUUUCGCCGUCUCUCUCUAUCCAAAUCUGCUUCCUUCAACCUCGAUCUCCUUUUUCAUUCUCUAAGAAAACGACGCUGUUGCAUCCUCCCACCCUGCAAAACCCUUAAUUAAUCAAAUCUAGGGUUUCUUCUUGUUCUCUCUCUCCCUCACAACGCAAUGCAUCCCCAAAAAGCUUGAAUUUUUGCCCCUCCGUUGAUAUUGAAAAAGUUGGGAGCUUUUGCCUUUUGGAAUUUAGGUGGUGAAAGAGAAAAAGUUAUGUAUAGUCAUAGAGAUCGAGGACGAGGGCCAUCGAAAUCGGAGCUAGUGGGAGGACCGUUGGAUCGGAAACGCAUAAACGAUGCGCUGGACAAGCAUCUAGAGAAGUCUUCCCCAUCCACUUCGAGGGGCUUGAACAGCAAAGACAAAGAAAGAUCCUCUGUUCCUUCAACUUCCACUGGUAAAUCCCAGCUUGAUCAUCGCGAUUCGCGCUCUGCAACUCUCUCCAAAGCCAAAUGUUCUGAUGAGGAAUCUGAGACAGACAGUGAAGAAUCAGACGUAAGUGGUUCUGAUGGAGAUGACACCUCUUGGAUCUCAUGGUUUUGCAAUUUACGAGGCAAUGAGUUUUUCUGUGAAGUUGAUGAUGAUUACAUCCAAGAUGACUUUAAUCUUUGUGGCUUGAGCGGUCAAGUUCCGUAUUAUGACUAUGCGCUUGAUUUUAUAUUGGAUGUUGAAUCUUCUCAUGGUGAUAUGUUCACUGAAGAACAGAAUGAAUUGGUUGAAUCUGCAGCUGAGAUGUUGUAUGGUCUUAUACAUGUCCGUUACAUAUUAACUAGCAAGGGAAUGUCCGCUAUGUUGGAGAAAUACAAAAAUUAUGACUUUGGGAGAUGCCCUAGAGUUUAUUGCUGUGGACAACCUUGUCUUCCAGUUGGUCAGUCAGACAUUCCUCGUUCAAGUACUGUGAAAAUCUACUGUCCAAAGUGUGAAGAUAUAUAUUAUCCUCGAUCCAAGUAUCAAGGCAAUAUUGAUGGAGCUUAUUUUGGAACGACAUUUCCACAUUUAUUUUUGAUGACAUAUGGGCACCUAAAGCCACAAAAGCCAACACAAAACUACAUCCCAAGAGUUUUUGGCUUCAAGAUCCACAAGCCCUAAUGUGCUACAGGAGUUGCAAGCUGUAAGUUGUGUUGAGAUCUAUUGUUCGGCAGCAAGGCGGCGAUUUUCACAUAUCCGGUGCAGUGGAUGCCCUACCAUGCAAGGUGAAGUGGGGUUCCCAAAAGAAGAAUUGUAACGAUUGAUAUGCCAAUGAAAUGUUUAAAAUGAAAUAUGGCCUGUUAGUUGAGCACAUCUCUCUAGAAUUUAUUCAUAAAUUUAACAGAGCGUUUGUAAGCAUACAUAUCUUUAUCGUGGGUUGAGGAUUGUUUGAAGUUCUUUUUGUUGUAGUUAGUUGAUAUACCUUCCUCGUUUGCUGACCGGAGUAAACAUAGAUAUUCCAUUCCCUAACUAUAGUGAUUUCCAAUCCUAGCCUAUCUUUUUCACCAAUCUGUACUCUUCCAUCGAUGUGAAAUUAUGAAAUCUGCGUGUGUAUUCUAGUCCAAGCAACAUUGAAUCAUGUUAAAGAAAGAAAAUACAGGGGUACUAAGAAACCGAGUUUGUCCUUGUCUUUUCCCUAUUUCUGUGUUCUGGUAUUUAUUCUUUUGCAGUAAUGAUGAUGGCAAGGGGGGGGAUGAUAGUAAUAUUUCAACUCUCAAACGUAAUGGGUUUGGUUUCUUAUCCGUGUGGACAACCGUUCAUUGCUGAACUUAAGCGUAGCUGCUUCCUUGAAAGUUCUCUCGAACCCAAACCUAACCAACCCC